GCCGUCCGCCUACACACCCGGUUGCGCUCUCCCUGUGCGCUUUCUCUCGCUCGCUCGGUCACUCGGCAUGGGCCUCACCAUCUCUUCGCUGUUCACGUCGCUCUCCUCGCUGGUGCGCUGGAGCAAGGACCAGGAUGUCCGGAUAUUGAUGCUCGGCUUGGACGCCGCGGGCAAGACUACGAUACUGUACCGUCUACAGAUUGGAGAAGUCGUACCAACUAUCCCUACCAUUGGGUUCAACGUAGAAACUGUGCAGUAUAAGAACAUCAAGUUCCAAGUGUGGGACCUUGGUGGCCAGUCAAGUAUCCGGCCGUACUGGCGUUGUUACUUCCCCAAUACGUCGGCAAUCAUCUACGUCAUCGACGCGUCCGACGUGGACCGACUCGACACGUCGCGCUCGGAGCUGCUCACGAUGCUCUCAGAAGAGGAGCUCGCGGGUGUCCCGCUCCUCGUGUUCUGCAACAAGCAAGACGUUACUGGGGCGCUCCCGCCGGAGACGGUCAGCGAGAAGCUCGGGCUGGCCGGCGGCGAGAAGGAGCGGCAGUGGAGCGUGCGCGGGAGCUGUGCGACGAAGGGCGAGGGCUUGGAGGACGGAUUGGACUGGUUGGUCAAUGCAAUACAGAAAAAGUAGAUAGCCUCUCCGACUCGGACCGGAUGCUUUCUGUUUGUCGUUGGCCUUUACUGGGCUCUUUUGGGCGCCUCGCUGCACGGACACGACGCUACCGUACUUACAUACCCGCUGUACACCAUAAUUAUUGCGCAUCUUCCUCGCUGUCGAUAUCCACAGAUGCCCGCCUGCGUAU